AUGUCGCCUAAGGAGCCCCAAAGUGCCGUCCCCGCCCACAGCAAGGGCUCGUGGACCAGUUUCCUCAAGUCUAUUGCUUCAUUUAACGGAGAUCUCUCGUCCCUGACUGCCCCUCCCUUCAUCCUGUCCUCGACCUCCCUUACCGAGUACUCUGCCUACUGGGCCGAACACCCCGAUGUGUUCGUGGCCCCCGCCAAGGAGUCCGACCCAGAGAAGCGGGCCCUUCUUGUCCUCAAAUGGUUCCUGACCACCCUUCACCAGCAGUACUGCAGCCGUAGUGAGAAGCUUGGCAGCGAGAAGAAGCCGCUGAACCCAUUCCUGGGUGAGCUGUUCAUCGGUAAGUGGCAGGGUAACGCUGAGACUGGCGAGACACAGCUGGUCAGUGAACAGGUCAGCCACCACCCACCCGCUACCGCGUAUGCAAUCUCAAACGAGAAGAAUGGAGUCGAGCUCCAAGGAUACAACGCCCAGAAGGCAUCAUUCUCCAGCACCAUCCAAGUGAAGCAGAUCGGACAUGCUCUUUACACCCUUAGCUUGCCCGGAUCCAAAGAGAAGGAGCGAUACCUGAUUACGCUCCCUAACCUCCACAUCGAGUCCCUGAUCUACGGUACCCCAUUCGUCGAGCUCGAGAAGACCGCCAAGAUCGCCAGCAGCACCGGCUAUGUCUCUAAGAUCGACUUCUCCGGCAAGGGCUGGCUGAGCGGUAAGAAGAACACCUUCACCGCGAGCCUAUACAAGGCCAGCGAGGGCGAGAAGAAGCCCUUGUACACCGUCGACGGCCAGUGGUCCAACACCUUUACCCUCAAGAAGGCCGGCAGCAAGGAAGUCAUCGAUACCUGGACUGUCGAGGAGAACAAGACCACCCCCUUGAGCCUGGCCCCGAUCGACGAGCAGGAUAUCUACGAGAGCCGCCGCGCCUGGAAGGAGGUUGCGGAGAACAUCCAAAAGAACGACAUGGACGCCGUCUCAGCCCACAAGUCUCGCAUUGAGAAUGCGCAGCGCGAGCUGCGUCGUAUCGAGAAGUCCGAGAACCGCGAGUGGGAGCGUCGCUUCUUCAACCGUGUUGAUCCAAAGGAUGACGACGCUACCAUUCAGGAGCUUGCUCGGUCGCUCGACCUCAGCCCUGAUCUGGAUGGUGACAAGACUGGUGGAAUCUGGCGCUUUGACGCCACCCGCGCUGCGGGUGCGAAGCCGCCGUACUUCAAGGUUGGCCCUGAGGGUCUUGGCCUUUCCGCGUAG